AGCUAAGUUAUCGAUCGAAUAGUUCUGGGGGGAACUAUUGAAUACUUUUUUGGGGAAAAAAAUUAGGGCAAAGAAUCUAGAUAUACAUAUAUCAAUUCUGUUUCGUUUUUUCAGUCUAAUUUUGUUUGUUUUGGUCCGAUCUAAGGUGAGGGAACGAACGACUGAUUGAUACGAUCUUCCGUGGUCCGACCUUAACCGUUCAGAAUUCUCUCCUCUUCUCCGAAGUCAGAACUCGUUUUGCUGUUCCGAUUUCCGUUUCUGAAUCCAUUAUAUAAAUUAUCGUUUGAUGAUUUGUACUUUGUUUGUUUUGUUUGUAUGUAUUGAAGGUAGGAACAAUGGAUUCGGGCACUUCCUCGCCCACUCACUUCAAUGAUGAUUUUUACCCUGGGUUUGAAAGAGGAUUGACAACGAUGGGUUUCAUAAAUGAAGCUGUGAUAGUAGCCUGUAACCAUCCUCCAACACCGGAGAUUGACUUUUUGGAAAUGGCUGAGCUCUCCCAUGCUAUGGAUCAAAACCCGGUGCUUGCUAAGUUUCUCAAUGAACACGACCUUUUGCUGGAUUGGGACGACCUUAUGGAAGCGAAGGUACUUGCUGCUUUGAGCACUAACUUAGAAACUGUUAACCGCAUAUCUGAUGACCGUUACUUAUGUCUGGAAAGAAAUUAAAAAAGGGGGAAAGGAAGGUGGAAAUUGAUGGUGGUGGUGAUCGUUGCAGAAGGAAGGGAGGAGAAGGAAAGGUUGGCUGUGGUGUUUCGAUAAGGAGAAAUGGGGAGCAGAGAUGAUGAUCGUGAAGAUUGACCAAAUUUUCUUGUUCUUUUAUUGUUUGAAUCAGUUGGGACUUCAAUUUGGUCCAGAUUUUCAUUUCCUAUUGUUUUUUUUUUUUUUAAUUUUAUGAUUUUUUGUGUAAGAAAAUAUAAGGGUAAUACUGUCAAUUUAAAAUAUUUUUUAUUUUAUAAUUUCUAAUAAAUAAUUUACCGUCCUUCAUAAAAAAUAUUUUAAAGUUA